UGGCUCCUGUGCCUCCGCUUCGUGUUUGAAUCUGGCUCGCCCCUCCGUAUUAUGUCUGCACUCCGAAGGAAAUUUGGGGACGAUUAUCAGGUAGUGACCACUUCGUCGAGCGGCUCGGGCUUGCAACCCCAGGGGCCAGGGCAGGGCCCGCAGCAGCAGCUUGUACCCAAGAAGAAGCGGCAGCGGUUCGUGGACAAGAACGGCCGGUGCAAUGUGCAGCACGGUAACCUGGGCAGCGAGACCAGUCGCUACCUCUCGGACCUCUUCACCACUCUGGUGGACCUCAAGUGGCGUUGGAACCUCUUCAUCUUCAUCCUCACCUACACCGUGGCCUGGCUCUUCAUGGCGUCCAUGUGGUGGGUGAUCGCUUACACCCGGGGCGACCUGAACAAAGCCCACGUCGGCAACUACACUCCCUGUGUGGCCAAUGUCUACAACUUCCCCUCUGCCUUCCUCUUCUUCAUCGAGACCGAGGCCACCAUUGGUUAUGGCUACCGCUACAUCACCGACAAGUGCCCCGAGGGCAUCAUCCUCUUCCUCUUCCAGUCCAUCCUGGGAUCCAUCGUGGACGCUUUCCUCAUUGGCUGCAUGUUCAUUAAGAUGUCCCAGCCCAAGAAGCGCGCUGAGACCCUCAUGUUUAGCGAGCAUGCGGUGAUCUCCAUGAGGGACGGAAAACUCACUCUCAUGUUCCGGGUGGGCAACCUGCGCAAUAGCCACAUGGUAUCCGCGCAGAUCCGCUGCAAGCUGCUCAAGUCUCGGCAGACACCUGAGGGUGAGUUCCUUCCCCUUGACCAACUUGAACUGGAUGUAGGUUUUAGCACAGGGGCAGACCAACUUUUUCUUGUGUCCCCUCUCACAAUUUGCCACGUGAUCGAUGCCAAAAGCCCCUUUUAUGACCUAUCCCAGAGAAGCAUGCAAACUGAUCAAUUCGAGGUUGUCGUCAUCCUAGAAGGCAUCGUGGAAACCACUGGGAUGACUUGUCAAGCUCGGACAUCAUACACUGAGGAUGAAGUUCUUUGGGGUCAUCGUUUUUUUCCCGUAAUUUCUUUAGAAGAAGGGUUCUUUAAAGUUGAUUACUCCCAGUUUCAUGCAACAUUUGAAGUCCCCACCCCUCCAUACAGUGUGAAAGAGCAGGAGGAAAUGCUUCUCAUGUCCUCCCCUUUAAUAGCACCAGCCAUAACCAAUAGCAAAGAGAGACACAAUUCCGUGGAGUGCUUAGACGGACUAGAUGACAUUAGCACAAAACUACCAACAAAGCUGCAGAAAAUUACGGGGAGAGAAGACUUUCCCAAAAAACUCCUGAGGAUGAGUUCUACAACUUCAGAAAAAGCCUAUAGUUUGGGUGAUUUGCCCAUGAAACUCCAACGAAUAAGUUCCGUUCCUGGCAACUCUGAAGAAAAACUGGUAUCUAAAACCACCAAGAUGUUAUCUGAUCCCAUGAGUCAGUCCGUGGCAGAUUUGCCACCAAAGCUUCAAAAGAUGGCUGGAGGACCUGCCAGAAUGGAAGGGAAUCUUCCAGCCAAGCUAAGAAAAAUGAACUCUGACCGUUUCACAUAGCUAACACCUCUUUAGGAAUUAUUUAAAGUUUUGAUUUAGUAUUAGUCCAAUAUUUGGCUUACAAAAUAAUCCUCCCUUGGAAAUCUGAGAGGUCUAUCCCAGUCUAGCAAGGAUAUUUGAGAACUCUUCUUUCCAGUGUUGUUACUUUGCAGAACUUGAAUUACGAAGGGAGGUCAUCAUAAGGAAGUUAUUAGUGGGCAUGUAUUAUCACAUCAAGCAUGCAAUAAUGUGCAAAUUUUGCAUUUAGUUUUAUGGCAUGAUUUAUAUAUGGCAUAUUUAUAUUGAAUAUUCUGAAAAUAUAUAUAAAUAUAUAUUUGAAGUGGAGAUAUUCUCCCCAUAAUUUCUAAUAUAUGUAUUAAGCCAAACAUGAGUGGUUAGCUUUCAGGGCACUAAAAUUAUAUACAUGUAUACAUACACACAUAUGAACACACACACACAAACAGAUAACAUACCCAUACAAACAUAUAUACCUAAUAAAAAUUGUGAUGUUUUGUUCAAAUUUGUAUUUCUUGUGCAUGUUUACUUUAUUAGAAUAGGAAGGCUGCUGGCAUUGAUUAUGAAUACCAAAUAUUUUAGCCUUAAAUUAUUUGUUCUUUAAAAUCUGAUUUAAUGUUUUCUGCUGUUAAGGUCAUGGAAUCUUUCAAUUGUACUUUAUCAUGAAAGAUUUUCAGAAGCUUGUGGUGUUCAUGGCACCGCUGACAGGGACAUCAUGAUUAUGUAUUUCAUUUGUAAAUUUUAGAGUGUGCCGGUACCUGGUACAUACCAUUGAACUUUUCUUAUGAUUUUUAGAAGUCACUAGAACGGGGUCAGGUGAAUAAGUUUAUCAAUUCAUCAAUUAGUCUUUUUCCUAGACUAGCUAAUAUCUCUAAGUCGGAUGUGUACGCAAUCUAAUAAAACUAUGAGCUCUGAACAAAUGCUGAAUCAUUGAAAUAAUCGUUAGGCAGGUUAUAUUUGAAUGUGUUAGAAUUUGUGUGUUAUUUACAGGGUAAUGAUUCCUCUUUCAAAAUGAGCUGAUUGCAAUUGUUUUCUUCUUUUUCUGGAACUUUUGUCAUCUGUAAAAAAAAAAAAAAGGCUUGAUCUUUCAGUAGAUAUGACAGUACAAGGGAGCAGACGAAGCACUCAUGCUAAAAGGUCUUUGUCUAAUAGAGACUUGUAUGCUCUUCUCCUUUUUAUCCCAGUUGUCAUGAAAGGAUGGGUUUGUUCCUUAUCUGGGGGAAAACAUCCCAGAUCUGUCGGUCAUAAUUUAGCACAGACCUGAGAGAGAUUAAAAUCACAAGAAUUAAAAAUGUUAGUAUACUCAGGAUUUUCUGGUCAUGUUUUGGUGUUGAACAAUUUUUCUUUUUUGAUGCCUUGGCUCCCUGGCCUCCAAAAUAAGUUUAGUAGUACUCUAUUUCAACCCCCAACAUCUGGCUGGAAUCAAACUUGAUCAGUAGUACAUUUUCAACACAGGUUUUAGGGUGAGGAGUUUUUAAAAAAAAAAAAUGCUGAAUGACUUCUUGGUAUAUUCGCACAGGUUUUCCUAUAUAAUUUCUUUGGAGUUUGCAAGUGAAAUUGGCUCAGAAUUAGCUAACUUCUCAUUAAUAUGUAAAUCGCAGAUGGAUGGUUUGAGCACACAGUAUUUAUGGUUUAGUGAUCUUGCGAUCAUUUUAUUAGAGGCAAAUUAUUACAUCAACAGUAUAUCAUCCACGAUAUCUUCUGGCUACCUCUGUAUCAACCAAAUUCUGUAGGUGCAAACACAUACCAGGGAAUGAUUACUGGAAAAAUGAUCAACUAUAGCAUCCAUCCACUGUGAAUAGGCAGUUGCCCUACCCCUUGAUCACUAAAUGUUCUUAUUUGCCAGAUGAAGAUGAUAAAAUGUUAGCAGGAACAAAAGGGGGACCAGUGGGUAUGGAAUAUUUAGCAGUGGAGGAAGCUGCAUAGAUCAUUUAGUCCAACACCUUAAAACUAUACAGAGCCAUAAUAUUCUUUGGAGAGUCAUUUUAAUUUGUUUUUGGUAUUGUAAAGAAGAACCAAAAACAAACUCUCUGGAUUUAUUCAUUUAACAAAAAUUGUUGCAUGCCUUCUUUGUCCUAGGCAUUGUUUUUUUUCUUUUUUAUAGUUUAGUUCCUGGGGAUUUAGAUAUGUACACUGUAUUAGGAAGAAAGCGUGGAGGAGAAAGAGAGAGACAGUAUCCAGUAGUCAACAUUUCAAUUAUGAAGAUGAAAAUAGGGCAGAAACAGAAACAGCUGUGGGUUGAUGAGAGCUCAGAAGGUGACACAGAGGGAGGUAACAUUAGCAUUGGGACUUAAUGACAAGAAAGAGCCAGUGUGGCCAUAAUAAACCAAUUCAAGAGAAUAGUACACUUUUACCUUUUCCGCAUACGUGUGGGAACAGUAUGAUUUCUGCAUGUACUUGCAGUUUAAUCCCAAUUUCUAGGUUGAUUACAGGAUCCAGUCUGCCCAGGAAAAAUUGCAGUUUAUACUUGUUGUACUUGUGUAAUUAUUAGUAUCCCUCUUUUUGAUUCCGAUUAUGUCCUGAUUUGGAUGAUAUAUGGUAAAGUUUUGUUGAUGCUAACAAAAUUAUCGAGUCUAAUAUAUUUGGAAAAAAAAAUAAAGAAUUGCUUUACUUCUC